AUGAGCCUCGAUCUCUGGACCCACCAGUUCUGCCUCGCCUGCGACAAGCAGGUUCACGACGCUGCCGCCUACUGCUCCGAAUCGUGCCGCCUCGCCGACUUUGAAAAGUCGCCCUCGUCACCAUCGUCCCAGGCCAGCUCCCCCGGCUUCGCUCCCACGUCUGGUCCGUGGUCGACGCCGUAUGCCGCUCCCACCACCAGCACUCGCUCAUCCCCCCGCGCCGCCUCCAAAUUCUACCUCUCCCCCGCCUACGACUUUAGCAACGCCCAGCCGUACGGCACCACGCCCACGUCGAAGCCGCUGCUCGGAUACUACUCGUCGUUGCGCUCCGAUCGCCUGCCUACCCAGUCGUCGCUGCCUCUCCGCCAGCUGACGCCCUCGAGCUCUCACAGCAGCCUCUGCUCCAUGCAGAGCAACGCCUCGGAUGCUUCCCGCCUCUCAGACGGGGUCAAGAAGGAGCUGCAGGCGUACGCCGUGUCAUUUGAACAGGUCCGUCUGCAACGACGACGAUCUCAGUAA